GCCUUCAUUCAUGCACGUUUAUGAUUACUUAAGCUCUUUUCGCGUUAAUAUGUCAGGGGAAACCUUGACGUGAGAACAAUUUGAUCUUCAAUCUCUUCGAGUAAAUAAUUUUUCGAGACGAGUACACUUGAUAUAUGUUUAAUAUGAUUAAGAUUUCAGUCUAUCAUAUUGUCUCACUGUUAAAAUUUGAAGGACAGUUUUUGUUUGAUUUACGAUUUCUAAUACCCUGAGUCUAGUUAUUUGAGAAUUCAUUUGAACUCAAAUUACUCAAAUAGCUGGAGGCGUUCAUAUCACGAAUAAGGAGAAAAGAAUUCCACUGUUAUUUAGCUACCGAAGCCACCUAUUUUACUUCUUAGUUGUUUGGUUCUUCAUAUUUUUCUCCGUUCAUAGAAGGAAUAAAGUUAAAGCUGAUGGCGUUUUCGACAAAAAAGUGUUCGCGGACAUGUUUGUCUCACUUAAAGCUACACAGGGUGACUAUAUUGGCUGCUGAAUUAUUUAACGGUGAACAGACUCUCCGUUCGUAUACGUGAUCAGUCUUCAGUCUUCGUAUACGUGAUGUAACAUAGGUGUAUUUUUUUCUAUUAAAAGCCCAUUGAUAUUUGCGUUUCACAUGAUUAUGCCACUUAUUAUUUAGAAAAAGCUUUUCUAGCUGAAAUAAAAUCCCUCCUAAGGAGAUUUUAAAAACAAGUUCAGCAGUUGAUCCUACUUGAAACCUUCAUAAAUUUUUGACUCAGUCACACAAGUUUAGGCAUUUAGUUGCUGAAAAAAGCGAAUUCCUGCCAAAAACUUAUGAUCUGACUAUGAUUGGUAACCAAGAUCAUCAUGAAGACGAAUGGCCAAAGCAAGACAAUAACUCAAUACCGUCUUCGAACAAUAGUGAAACAACCUCAAAACACUCAGAAUGUUAUAGAAAAAUCCCGUUAUUUUUAUUCAUCAUGGCCUAUAUAUCAUUUUGUUGUCUUGGUGCACUUUGUCUAACCUUACUAGAAAGACCAACAGAAAGAGUAGAAAGAUUGCGCUUGCACGCUUCACAAAUCAAUUUUUUGAGGACUAAUCCAUGUGUAUCAAGUGAAGAACUUCAGAAGUUUGUUAGUUAUAUUGUAUCGGCCACAAAAAUGGGUAUAUCAAUGACACCAAUUAAAAAUAUCAGUAAAUAUGACUUACUGAGUAUUCCUGAAAAUUGGCACGAAAAUUUCUAUUCGGAAACAAAUAUUGAAGUAAAUGCUCAACUGGAAUCAAUCGCUAGACGUAUUUUAACGGAAGAAGAAAUGAAUAACAGUAGUUGGAACUUUUAUGAAUCAGUAUUUUUUGUGAUAACAGUUAUUACAACUAUAGGUUAUGGAACAAUCAGUCCAGUUACUAUAUACGGUAAAGCUUUUUGUAUAUUUCUGGUUACUGUUGGAAUUCCGAUGAAUGUGAUCCUGGUUUCUGUAUUAGCUUCUUUGUGCAUGCCCGUUAUUCGCAAAUCACGAAAUGCCCUAGUUAAUUUUUAUUCUUAUUCAAGCGGUCAUGAUACACAUAAUAACAAACAUAAUAAAAAUUCAAAACAUUCAAAUUUCAAUUUUUUCAACGAACGUAGAAAAUUUAUGGAAGAUGCUAAUCUACGACUGAAUAAUGAAAAUCAUAAUAGAGUUUCAAAAUUAUUUUUCAAGCUUAAAUCUCUUUUCGGACGACACAUUAAUGCUCCAGAUAAACGAUGUGAAUCAAGUGUACUUCAUAGAUCAUUAUCCGACAGUCGUUUAUCGAAUAGCAUCGUAAAAAACAAUCCUCGAUCAACAGUAUGCAAUAUUACUGAUCCAAAAAAUGUCACCGAAGGUGAAGAAUUGUCAAAUAAAACUGCCUCACUAACUUCCUUAUCGACAUCUUUAUCAACAAACAAGAUCCAAUCUCAAAGUUCUCUGGCAAUAAAAACUGGAGAUUAUCCAAACGAUUUUAAUGGUGGUGAAAACGAUCUAGACAUCUCAAAACGUGAGCAGUCAAAUAAACCAAUAUUAUCUAUUAUGAAACAUAAUGAACUUCAUUUAAAUAAUGACAUAUCAAUGAAUCCCAGUUUAGCUACGGUAAAAAUUAACAGACCUAAAACGGUACUUGAUAACGCUAAUUUACCAAAGAAAUUAACACAUAGAGUUUCUUUAAGUUUUACAGCAAAUAACCAUUCAGAUUCAGUUGACCCUAGAAUAGAUCAGCUAGAUACAAUUCGAUCAUCUCCUGGUCGAUUCAGUGGGUGCAUCGAAAAAGAAGCUUAUGUAAAAAAUGUCAAUAAACCAGCUCGACAUUCACUGAGUGAACUAUUUAGAGAAGUAACACAAAAUACACGUAAUCCUAAUGAUUGCUUUUCUACAGAAACUUCACUAGCUGAUCGUGCUCAUGUUUCUUGCAUAGCAUUUCUACAUUAUUUGUUAUCUAGAAGUGAUUUGGCUUUAACUACACAAGUUAAACUUUCACAAUUUCGAUAUGUGAAUGUACAUCAUGGUAUAUUUCGUUUACGAUUAUUACAUUUCUUCAUUGUAUUUUGUGUAGUAAUUACAUGCUCAAUACUUAUACCUGGGAUUAUAUUUACCUAUUUAGAACAGAAUUGGACAUAUUUUGAUGCAAUUUAUUUUUGUAUCAUAUCACUUAGUGCAGUUGGUUUUGGUGAUAUGGUGGCAAGUGAAAGUAAAGACAGUAAUGUAUCAUCAAUAGUAACAAUAUUAUAUGUGAAAAAUAUUUACAGAGUAAUGACUGCAAACGCUCUUGUAAGACAAUUCCAGUAGAGCUACGUGACGAAAGUUAACUACGAGUUCAAUAAUUCAAUCAUGAACUGAUUGGUGACCACCUCAGAAAGUACUAGGACACGCGUUCAUAAACUUCACGCUUUUUGUAAUCAAUAUUACCUACUAUCCAAGAACAAAUAAACAAGUAAACACUAAGUUCACCCAAAGUUGCAGUUUAUCCUUGAUACUUUCCUCCAAGCGGAUACCUAUUGAAGUGACAAAUUCAGAGCUCAGCUAAAUAAAAAAUUAUUUCACUGAAUCUUAAUAGUCGGUUUUCAUUUUUUCUGCUUCUGUGUUCUGUUCGAAUUCUAUAUUCAUGAACGAAAUCUAUUUUGGUAUUGUAAGAGCUUUGCCAGUUUGAAGUUUUGAUUUCAAAUUGCGUUUGAUGAACCUGUGAGGUCAACCAAUAUCCAUAAGUAUUUAGUGAAUUUAACCAAUCAAAUAUUGAUUGUUGCUUUCAUUUAUAUUUAAAGGUUUUCUGUUAAUAUAUUACUAGCUAUAAUAAAUAUCUACCUAUUGUAUAUUCCUAGGUGCGAAUAUCCAAACCAUCACAAAGUCACGAAAGAUUUGCAUAUUAAUAGACAAUAAGUUAAAGAUUGGUUUGAUUAUUGGAUUGUUGAAAAUUUUGUGAAUUAAAUUGUCUUAGCUUAUUAGUUGAGUAGAUUGCAACCAAUAGACACUGAGUCCCAUUCUGUUAAAAGUGAUAAAUCAUUACUUUCACGUCAUUCCAAAACAGAAGAAGGAGAAAUUUGGUGCCUCCAUAUUUUUAAUAUCUUUCAAUUGAUGAUAAUUCCUGAUAAAAAUUACUCUAGAGUAAACUAUUAUUUUAGAAAACUGCUUUAAUAUCAAUCAUUAUUUGAUAGUCGGAAUAAACAUCCAGUUAAUCACAAACCAAUGUAUUAUGUUUAUUUAGUAUUAACAGAAUAUUAUAUAGUGCAACCACCAUCCAAUUUCUCUGGUAAUAAAUACUUCGUUCGCUGAGACAUUUAUCCAAUUUACUUAAGUUGGGAACGUACAUUACUUGAUUUUAAUACGGUGAUACAGUAGUUAAGCAAUAUCCGCGAGACUAGGGGGUUUUGAGUUCGGUCCCUGGUAGAUCAUGAGAGCGUACUCCGAAAGGACCCCACAAUGAGAUAAAAGAUCUCUCAACUGCUACCUGUUUUAGUAGUAUUCCAAAUGAUGUUGGUCUAUGACAAUCGUCAUAUACAAACUAGAACUUUUCUGAAGAACUCCUUAAUUUCUUUAGUUAUAUUUGUUUCUUAAGUUGCUGUCAGUUUAAGUCGAAAAGUACCAUAAAAUAAAUCCUGUACUUAAAUCAGCAACUGAUAUAAAAAAGUUCAGUCAAAAAUUAUAGUCAAAUAAUAACCUUUAUUUUAAUUACAAAUAACACUUUUAUUUCUUUAUUUCUAGUUUAUUUAGUGUUGGGAACCACAUUAAUCGCCGUUUUAGUGCGAAGUUUUCAAGAGAUUAUUGACUAUGAGUUUUUAAAUGUAACAGGAGGGUACUACGACGAAAAAUUCGGUGAACAUAUAGCACAAAAUCCAUGUUCGGAAUUAUUUUUUGAUGAUACUACACCUUCACAGAAUCGCAAAAGCCAAUUAAAGCAUAGAGAUAUAGGCUGAGAGAAUGUAUUUCAAUUACAAAUAAUACGCAGUUAUCUUACAUUUUCAUGGUGUAUAUAACACCACACGUCUUUCUAGGUAAUUUAAAUUAAACAACUGUUAUUUUUUAUCCACGAACUUUUUCAUAAUCUUCCGGCAGUAUACCUAUUAGAUGAAAUCCAAUAAAUCGACCAACUGAUGUAUAUUAUCACCUGUAAUUUUAUCAUCCAUAUAACACUAAAUAUAUCACGUUAUUGCUGCCGCCACUAUUUUAACAGUUUAUAUUCGCUACAAAAAUGAUAGAUCCGGCGUUUUCUUUAUAAAUUCGUCGUAAUCACUAAAUUGAAGUAUUGCUCUGUUGCUUGAUAAUGCCCUUAACCCCUAACAAUUAUUUAGUUGAUCAUUCGUUUUGCAUGUAGCUUGGUCAUCUGUUAUAAAUGUUCACAAAAUCAUUGAAAGGUUAUUUACCAAAGAAGCGAAUUUAUAAUGACGAAAUUUGAAAAGGAAGCUCAUAUGUGAACUUGAAUUACAAUAAUUGCUUUAUUCAAUAUUAUACGUUUAGUAGAGUAAAGUAUUUUGAAGAUAAAGUACUUGAAAAUGUGGAUUUUAAUAGAUACUGACUCUGCAAAAAAUAUGUACAUAAGCAAGUUAUAAAUAAUAAAGUGUACAGUUAAAAAUAACAUGCAUUUAUUUCCAACCACUAGUUUUUUCUAGAUAAUUCGAUUGCUACACAUUUUCCUCACAGAUGGAGAGAUUUUAAAAAUUUUCGUACUUUUUGCAGGCAUUCGAUUUUUAUGUAUUUGUAUCUCGUUCUUUGAUCAUUAGACGACAAAAAAGUUGUAAGGCCAGCGUAUAUAUUCUUUUUGAUAAACGAUACUUGUUUAUUGGCCGAGAAGUUUCAAAUUACUCUUCGUAGCUAUAUUC